GAACCCAAAAGCUCUUGGUCACAACAUUGCGAGUGACGCGGAAAAAAAAUGCUGGCAGCUAAAAUUAUUCCCCGUCCCUCAAUCACUCAAACCCUAGCAUUCCCGAACCCUAGCAUCAAAACCUCGCAAAAACCCUCAAUUCUGUCCACUUCAUGCCUCAAAUCAUCCUCUCAAUCUGUCCUCACAGAAUCCCUAUCAACAACCCCUGCCAAUGCCCGCGUAAAAAUCCUCUCCGAAGCCCUGCCGUUCAUCCAGAAGUUCCGUGGGAAGACUGUGGUGGUGAAGUAUGGAGGGGCUGCGAUGAAAUCCGAAGCGCUUCAGAGAUCCGUGAUCACUGACCUCGUCCUCCUCUCCUGCAUCGGACUCCGUAUCGUGUUUGUCCAUGGCGGAGGACCUGAAAUCAAUCAAUGGCUCAAUCGAUUGGGCAUUAAGCCUAAUUUCCUCAACGGUCUACGUGUGACAGACGAAUCGACUAUGGAGAUUGUGUCGAUGGUUUUGGUUGGAAAGGUUAAUAAGAAUUUGGUUGCUUUGAUUAACAAAGCCGGUGCGACAGCUGUUGGAUUGUGCGGAACAGAUGGGAGGAUUUUCACUGCUAGUCCUUCUCCGAAUGCUGCUCAGUUAGGUUUCGUUGGAGAAAUUUCCAGCGUCGACACUUCAGUGCUACGUCCCUUGAUUAAUGACAACCUCAUUCCGGUGAUUGCUUCAGUGGCUGCAGAUGGGACUGGCCAGUCUUAUAAUAUAAAUGCUGAUACGGCGGCAGGGGAGCUGGCAGCAGCUUUGGGGGCCGAGAAGUUGCUUUUGUUGACUGAUGUAGCUGGGAUUCUUGAAAAUAAAGAUGAUCCUGAGAGUUUAGUGAAGGAAAUAGAUGUGAGAGGAGUGAAGAAGAUGAUGGAGGAUGGGAAGAUUGCUGGUGGUAUGAUCCCAAAAGUGAAUUGCUGUAUAAAGUCACUGGCUCAAGGUGUUAAAACAGCAAGUAUUAUUGAUGGGCGACUGGAACACUCUUUGCUGUUGGAGGUUCUCACGGAUGAAGGGGCUGGAACUAUGAUUACGAGGUAAGAAUUUAAUUUAAUUUUUUUUUUUUUUGGGUGUUUACCAUUGUUCUUUCUUCUGUAGACUGUAGUUAGAAGUUUUGGUAAUUUUAUCCUAUGUUCUUACUAGAAUUCUGUUGUGAAAUGUUUGAUGCCUUGGAUAAGUUAUUUAUAUCCUGGAUGUUUUUCUUUGUGGAAAGAGGGAUGUUGUUCAAAAAAACUAAAAAUAGAUGGUUUAAGUUGUAGUUUGGAUUAAAACCACCGUUGAAUAAAGCUACAAUCUUCAGCUA